UCUCCCCGGGGUUGUUGUGGAAGAUGUUGGUGUUUGAGAUAACAGGAAGAGGUGUCAGUGAAAACGUGUUUUGUAAAUCCAUUUCGUAUUAUUAAUCGAAACUAUUGUAGAUUAUUUAUUUGAGCAUAAUACCAGAUGUUUACAACGUCGGUUAUUCGUUCAUGAUUGUUGCGUUGGACAAACAAUCCGGAUAAACAACGGGUGGCAUCAUUGCUUUUUCUGUGGUAAGAAGAUUUUCCCCAGGUCUUUUAAAUGAGAAUGUCCCUGGCACAGAGGGUGCUCCUGACCUGGCUCUUUACUCUGCUGUUCCUCAUCAUGCUGGUCCUCAAACUGGAUGAGAAGGCCAACUGGAACUGGUUUCUGAUCUUCAUUCCCAUCUGGAUCUUUGACACCAUCUUGCUGGUUAUGCUUAUUGUCAAAAUGGCCAGCCGCUGUAAAUCUGGCUAUGACCCUCGCAACGGAUCACAGAACUUGAAGAAGAAGGUGUGGUACCUGGUGGCUAUGCUGCUCAAACUGGCUUUCUGCCUUGCCCUGUGUGCCAAGCUGGAGAAGUUCACAGACAUGAAGCUGACAUUUGUCUUCUUACCACUUUGGGCUCUACUCAUAGGUGCUAUGGUGGAGCUGGGAUUAAAUAUAUUUUGUGAUAGAAGAGAGUAGUCUGCAAAUACAGGAAGGUACCAACCCUGUGAAAACAUUUACAUAUUUACAUUACCCAUCUGAAAACGGUCUCUUUUGAACUUUUUCAGAGACUGGAUAACACUAAGUUAACUCAGUCAAAUCAGUAGCAAGAUGCAGGCAAGAGUCAUGUAAGGUGUGUUAAGUAUAUUGAUUUUGUAUACUUAACAAUAUUACUGUUUCCAUGCAGAAAGAAGCAUCUGAUGGAGAAUGUCUCUUUUUUUAAUUUAUAAUGUCUAAAACUAUGUAUGUUCAUGUAUUUAUCUAAUUUAAAAAACAGUUAACAUGCAAUUGGGAAAUUAUUAUGAAUGCAUCUGCAUAAAACACAAAUAGAUAUGCUGAACAAACAUGCCUGCAGUACCAUGACCAGCAUUUCCAUUUAACUAUAAAGCAAAACAGACAAGCACUGUACAUAUCUGCCAUUACGUAUGCCCUACAGUAGAUGUAUUCUGUAAAUAAAGCAUACUUUUGACAAUGUGCAGACAAGCUUUAAUGUCUGGUUUUGAGGUUUCCUGUGAUUUUUAUCCUCUUGAACGUUUUUUUUUUUUUUUUU